UAUAACCCUAUACCAAUCGAUUUCAAAACAACUUUAUGCAGAACAGGACAUUUAGUAAUUUUCGUUGAUCUUUUUAAUUAGACAGAGAUUCAGCAUUAUAUCUGCUGCAAUUAAAAAUGUCUCUAGAUUUACCAGUGACUGAAAUACGACUUGACCGUGGCGAUACAGGUCUUGGUUUUAACAUCCGUGGAGGUAUUGAUAUUCCACAUCUACCCGGUGAUCCUGGCAUAUUUGUCACGAAGCUGAAAGAAAACGGAGCUGCUUUCAGAGAUGGUCGGUUGAAAGAAGGUGACAAGAUUGUUGAGAUCAAUGGUAAAAAUAUUGAGCGUGUUACCCACAACGAGGCAGUGCAGCUGUUCCUGCAGUCGGGUAAUGUGGUCGACCUCAAAGUCCAGUGUGGGGCAGAGGCAGCCAUUCUUGCCAAAAUAGAAGACAGAAGGAGAUCUCCUGUACCGUUCCGCACGAAUCCAAAGAAGUCGGAAUUUAGUCUUUUUUAUUUUAUGUUGGGAAUGUUGUCUGUGUCGGGACUGGCGUAUUUAGUAUACCGCCGCAUGAAGAAAUAGGUUUGACUUCCUUAGUGCUAGUAUUGUUACUAUUUAUAGCCACCUUGUAUUCAUACAUAAUGAGGAGAUCGCAUUUAGAGUGUUACCAAUAAUUGAGACUAUUGAAACUGACAUAUUGCUAAUACAUGUCCUAAUGUUUACUUCAGUAGAAAAAGAAAAGUGUUUUUAUGGUUUAGAAUACUAACCAUAAAUGCUUGUCUUGUUUUAAAUAAUAUUGACAGAAAUUACAUAUUUUGUGCAAUUUUAGUCAUCAAAAUAUUGUUAACAAACAUAAAAGCAGGUUGGAGGACAUGAAAAGUAUAUAAGUGUUUUAGUCACUGCCAUUUUAAGUUUUCCCUUUGUAUGUUUUAAGGCACGCAAAACCAUGUUAUCUUGGUACUUACAAAAUAUACAUUUGCAACUAUUCCAAGCUCGAAACUUGAAAUCCCAGAUUGUUCAGAUUACGUGACGGUUAUGCACAAUUCACCUAUCUGUUAUUUGGUGUACCAUUUGGUUGAGUAGCUGGAAAUUGUGUAUGUGUGAUAGCCGUCCAGUCAUUUUUAACACUGACAGUUUCUGAAUGAUUAAAUGUGUGUUAAAAUUGUUGUGUUCGCCUGAUUGAACAUUUGUUUGUGAUGAUGUCAUCAAAGUGUUGCGACAAAUUAUUGACCUCACCUUUUUUUCUGUUCAAGCAUAACUCAACUCUAAAAGAUGUUUUUUCAAAAUGAGAGCAACAUACAUUUUUAAUAAAUCAGCAUGGAAUCGUAAUGUCACUACAUUACAGAUAAAUGAAAGUAGCAUGCUGGACAAAUUAAUCCGAACAGAAAGUCUUGCAAUUAUUAGAUCACUAUUAACCUUUUGAUGUACAGUGUAGUUGUGUGUAACUUGGUAUAAAAAUAGUAAUCUUCAUUAUAUGGUUGAUUACUGGAGUGAAAAUUAACACAACUAGUAUUUGAAUAACACCAGAUUUGGAAUAUCUUAGUCUUUAAUGUGCCUUUUGAUAACAAACAAGAUAUUUAGUGUCUUAAAUUAUACCAGUUUAAGAUGGAACGUUGAACUGUAACAUCAUUUGUAUUUGCAUAAACAAGUAGACCCUAUGUAAAACAUAGGGUAAGUUAAAGAAGAAAAUUAACGUGGAACGAUAGGAUAUGAAUGUAUCAAUGCAUUUAUGCAUGUAUUGGACCCGACAAGUAAGGAAAACAGGUUAUAUUUCAGUUUCGUAUAACAGACCAGUACUCUAAUUCAUGAAACCUAACGUUCAUCUCAACAAGGUAAUAGUCCAGCAUGACAACCGAAAUGUGGCAUCCUUGAGCACACAAUCGUAUAUGCCUACGAUCGGCAUUGCUGUCGCAGGAUAACAUCUUUGGGCAUGACUUCUUGCCAUGUUAUUUUAGCACAAGUCAUACUUUCAUAUUCCACAUACCAGCUGGUGUUUGGUUUUAUCAAGUCCUUAAAGGAACAGUCCUGAGUUUACAACCAUUGUAAAAUGUUUCCGACCAAUAGAGCCUUUUUCGAUGACGUAACAUACAAAUUAAAUCCAUGUUGUAAUUUACAGUAUCAGUGUCUGUAUUUAUAAGGUGUUUGUUGUUGUCCUUAUGCUUGUAGUAGCCUAAACCGGAUUUUACCUUCCAAUAAUUUAGUGCAUACGAACAAAUAUAUAUCACAAAUUAAAGUAAAAAAUGGGUGCUGCAAACAUUUGUAUAUGACUGCAAACACAUUUGAUAUGCAGACACUGGUAUUCUAAACAAGUAAAUGUAUUUAAUAUGAAAUAGUCGCCAAAAGGUUCUGUUAUCACAAACAUCUUACAAUGGCUGCAAACUCAAGACCAUCCCUUUAAGUCUCUUGUUAUCGUAAACAUCUUACAAUGGCUGCAAACUCAGGACCGUCCCUUUAAGUCACCUUUCACAAAGUUUUGUUAAUCUUCUGUUUUGUUUUUAAAGAAAUGGUUAAAAUAUAAAAAGAAAAUCAAAUAGUUUUCUCUUUCAUGUUUCUAUUUCUGUGUAAGAAUGUAUUUUGAAAUACUAGUUUGAUAUGUUUAACUCUUUCUCACUUCCAUUCAUGAAUAGUUUUCCAGCGAAAGUAGGAGAGCUGUGAAACAGCAAAGUGAAUUGUAUUCUGUAUUUCAUUUUACUUGUCACGUGAACAUCAUAAUUUGAACUUACCUCUUCUUGAUUAACAAGCAUUCUGAGAGUACUGCUAAAGCAAUACAUGUCCCCUACGUGGCCCAGCAAAUUUGAUUAUCUCCUAAGUUCAAGGGCCAUAACUGUGAAAAAUGGGUAAAUCACCAUGAACAAACCUGAUCUGUAACGGUACAUGAUAAAGUUACACACAAAAUUUCAGCUCAAUAGCUUGAGGCAUUGCGAAAACAAAUAGUACGGAAAACUAAUUCAAGGGCCAUAACUCUGUCAAAAAUGGGUAAAUCGUCACAAAAGUCAAACUUUAUCAGUAACAGUACAUUUAAAGCUAUAUACAAGAUUUCAGUGCAGUAUCUUAAGGCAUUGUGAAAAAAGUCCAGAAAACUAUGUAAAGCAGACAGAUCGACAGACAGAAGGAUGGAGAUGAAACUAUAGUCCCCUCUGGUUUAACUGGUAGAAUGCUAAUAACCAGCAUUUUGGCUCAGACUUGAUCGUACUUGAACACAAAUGUAAUUUUGACCACAGACGAUUGACAUAAUGAUAAUACUCAACUUGACACAUGCAGUUCAGAAUGGGCUGGGGCUUCACAUUAUGUUAGACUGGGCUUUCUUUCUUCAGCUCAGUUUGGAAAUAGUUCAUUGUGGGUAGUGUUACAUUACACUGUUGGUUUAUUGUUACAAUACAUUAGGGUAUCAAGUACCAAAAGCAGUUGUGAAAUGACUUGAGGAGGAUUUACCUCAAACAUCUCAGUAAUGAAAUGGCUCAUUUAAAACCUGUGAUUGUGAAGAAAUGUCAAAUGGAGUUUUUCAAACAGAAGUUUUACAUUUGUUAUUUUUUAAUGAACAUGCCAGGCCUAUGCUGUCAUUUGUUAUUCUGGUUUGUUGGUGGAUUUGUUGUGAUGUUAUAACCCAACAAACGUGUGCAGCAGUGACAGUAACUACGUAUCUAUAUCAGUGACAAGUCACAAGGUAACAUUUGAUUGUGAUAGGAACGAAGGUGGUGUAAUUAAUAUACAUCACACCCACCCUAGGACCUUCAUGCAUUGGUCACAAUGAUACGCUGGUACCUAGGAGUGUGGGGCUAUUUUACCACCAGUACCAGCCUAUUUGUUCACCACUGACUACACAAGAGUUGUAUACAUUGUACUACACCAGACUAUGACCUCUGUUACUGACUCACUGAAAAAUCUAUUUUAGUAUCACAGUGUGGUUCCUGGCAUAUUUUAUUUUUUAUUUGUCUUACUUUUAUUCUGUUUAUUAGGCCAUAAUAAAAUAAAUGCUAGAUUUUCGUCCAAUUUGUUUUUAAAUGGGGGUGGGGGGUAUUUGGUGUGUGAAAUUUUAUUUUUUAUUUUUAGGAUAUUAAAUAAUACUGCACCAAUUGAAAAAGCACCCAAAACCAUGCCAACAUUUUGUUAAAAUGUAUUAUUAUUAUUGUUAUUUUGCCAAUAACAAGGACAUUAUUGUUUUGUUUUGUUUUUGUCAAUAGGAAAAAGGAUGGAGUGGUAUCCCGGGUCAUGAAAAUCUAGGAUUUCUUUUAUGGCCAUAGUGUUUAAAAAUAUAUUUUCUUAUAUAAUUUUUAAUAAACUUUGUUGCUGUACAUUUUAAGAUUAUAAAGAUAAUUUUAAGCACAUUAUACUGAUUACAUAUUAUGCAAAGCAGCCUGUAUAUAUGCAAAGCAGCCUGUAUAUAUGCAAAGCAGCCUGUAUAUAUGCAAAGCAGCCUGUAUAUAUGCAAAGCAAGUGACACGUUUUGAUUUAUAGUUGGUAGUGAAUUUGAGAUGCAAGUUAAUCAAGGGCUGCCAUUACUGAAUCUUUGGUUUAUUACCUGCUGGAGUUGUUUCCCUUGAUCUCAUGUAUGCUAAUUUUGUACUGUAGCAAAAUGUUAUGUGGGGAAAUGUUUUUCUUAUUUUACUGCUCACUUUAUGUCGAAUAGGUUAUCAUUUGAAACAUGUUCGAUUUUCUCUUCCAACUGACAUAAUGCAAAAAUAAAACACGUACAUUUUCAUGAGAAAGUUUUAACGACAGGGAUGUUUUUGACUACAGAAUUGCUCAAAACAUGGUUGUAUUGUAUCAAACAUUAACCUAACAUGGAUGUAUUAUAUGAAGCAUUAACCUAGAGAAGUAAGAUUGUAUUGCAUAAUGUAUAAACAGUAGGAUUCUAUGUUGCGUGUGAAUGCUGCCUAUUGUAUUACUCUGGUUGGCUGUUUGAACAUAUGACCAAGGAGUGUGAGUAAAAUAUAUCCAGAA